UGAGUUCUUGAAAUGUUGUAGCCUGUUCAUGGUCUCUGAGAAAUAACAACCUUAAACCCAUAAUCUCUAAUACUUUCUAAACUUUCUUAAUAAGAGAAGUGCUAUUCCUGAUACCACCUCUCAUUUGCAAGUUCAAAUCAUCAUCAAUCUUGUAGUCUGUUAGCUGGGUGUGUUUACAUCGGGCAUUGUUAUUAACCUUAUUGUUAAUAUUCUAACCAUAAAAAUUAAACUAUUAAUGGUGAAUAGAGCUUUUCACCUUAGCAUAGGCCUAUCCCACUGGCGGGAUAUGUGCCAAUUCCCAAGAAAAGUCAGUCAUGUGCUUUUCAGAGGAUGAAAGCUUAAGAUAAAGACUGAAAGUGUUUGAUGCUGGAGGUGGGAGUGGUAUUAUAUAGGUCUCAGCCAAGACAUGUGAUAGUCACUGUAGGAGUAGCUGCAAAGAGAAGUCUGUGACUCCAAUUAAUCAGUUCCAGCAGACCUUGUGAAGCCUACCGGAAUAAUGCUCCUGGCUGUCUUGUGCUGCCUGCUGUGGAGUUUUCAGACCUCCGCUGGCCAUUUCCCUCGAGCCUGUGUCUCCCCUAAGAACCUGAUGGAGAAGGAAUGCUGCCCACCGUGGAGUGGCGACGGGAGUCCCUGUGGCCAGCUUUCAGGCAGAGGUUCCUGUCAGAAUAUCCUUCUGUCCAAUGCACCACUUGGGCCUCAAUUUCCCUUCACAGGAGUGGAUGACCGGGAGUCAUGGCCUUCUAUCUUUUAUAAUAGGACCUGCCAGUGCUCUGGCAACUUCAUGGGAUUCAACUGUGGAAGCUGCAAGUUUGGCUUUUGGGGACCAAGCUGCACAGAGAGACGACUCUUGGUGAGAAGAAGUAUCUUUGAUUUGAGUGUUCCAGAGAAGGACAAAUUUUUGGCCUACCUCACUUUAGCAAAGCAUACUAUCAGCUCAGACUAUGUCAUCCCCACAGGCACCUAUGGCCAAAUGAAAAAUGGAUCAGCACCCAUGUUCAGUGACAUCAACAUUUAUGACCUCUUUGUCUGGAUACAUUAUUAUGUGUCAAUGGAUGCACUGCUUGGGGGAUCUAAAAUCUGGAAAGACAUUGAUUUUGCCCAUGAAGCACCAGGUUUUCUGCCUUGGCAUAGACUCUUCUUGUUGCGGUGGGAACAAGAAAUCCAGAAGAUAACAGGAGACGAAAACUUCACUAUUCCAUAUUGGGACUGGCGCGAUGCAGAGAAGUGUGACAUUUGCACAGAUGAGUACAUGGGAGCUCAGCACCCAGCAAAUCCUAACCUACUCAGUCCAGCAUCAUUCUUCUCCUCUUGGCAGAUUAUCUGUAGCCGAUUGGAGGAGUACAACAGCCAUCAGACUUUAUGCAAUGGAACGUCCGAGGGACCUUUACAGCGCAAUCCUGGAAACCAUGACAAAUCCAGGACCCCAAGGCUCCCCUCUUCAGCUGAUGUAGAAUUUUGCCUGAGUUUGACCCAAUAUGAAUCUGGUUCCAUGGAUAAAUCUGCCAAUUUCAGCUUUAGAAAUACACUGGAAGGAUUUGCUAGUCCACUUACUGGGCUAGCAGAUGCCUCUCAAAGCAGCAUGCACAACGCCCUGCACAUCUAUAUGAAUGGAACGAUGUCCCAGGUACAGGGAUCUGCCAAUGAUCCCAUCUUCCUUCUUCACCAUGCAUUUGUUGACAGUAUUUUUGAGCAGUGGCUCCGAAGGCAUCACCCUCUUCUAGAAGUUUAUCCAGAAGCUAAUGCACCCAUUGGACAUAACCGGGAAUCUUACAUGGUUCCUUUUAUACCACUCUACAAAAAUGGCGAUUUCUUUAUUUCAUCCAAAGAUCUGGGCUAUGACUAUAGCUACCUACAAGAUUCAGACUCAGACUCUUUUCAAGACUACAUUAAGUCCUAUUUGGAACAAGCCAGUCGGAUCUGGUCAUGGCUCCUUGGGGCGGCAAUGGUAGGGGCCGCCCUCACUGCCCUGCUGGCAGGGCUCGCCAGCUUGCUGUGCCAUCGCAAGAGAAAGGAGCUUCCUGAAGAAAAGCAGCCACUCCUCAUGGAGAAAGAGGAUUGCCACAGCUUGUUGUAUCAGAGCCAUGUAUAAAAAAAAGGCUUAGGCAAUAAAGUAGGGCCAAAAAGCCUGACCACACUGACUCAAAGUAAUGUCCAGGUUCCCAGAGGAUGUCUGCUGGUAUCUUUCUGUAAAGACCGUUUGCAAAAUUGUGACCUAAUACAAGGUGUACCCUUCUUCCAACUCAGGUGGAACACGUCUGUCUUUGUCUUGCUGUUUUGACUCGGCCCUUUUAACAUUUUUCCCCUAAGCCCAUACUUCUAAGGAAAGGAUGCUAUUUAGUAAUGAGGAACUGUUGCUUGUAUCUGAAUUAAAGUGCUCUUAUUAAAAAAUUGAAAUAAUUUUGAUUUUUGCCUUCUGAUUAUUUAAAAAUACAUAUUUUUUAUUGGCCCUAUCUUUAUUUUAAGAAAACAGUGACAAAUCUA